GACGUUCAUGGCUAUCGAAAAACUUUUGUCCUCGUCUAAACUAGUAAAUUAUCGUAAACAUCUCCCCUCAGCUACCAAACCCAGUUAGCAAAGUCUUCUAGAAUACAUUAGGGACUCGAAGAUUUUGCUAUUCCGACAAUAUUUGGUGGGAGCUAGGAGAAAUUUAGCGUGACAGCUCGAUGAAACGCAUGACCAGUCAGUGCUCAAACUAACUUCAUCGAAGUUGUCUGUUGAUUCCCACUUGUAAAGAUGACUUGCAACACUGUAGUGCUAGCUCUUUGGGUCAGCCCUGACCUGAUGAAAGAUCCUGCAUUCAAUGAGGAUCUUCUCAAGAUUGGUACCAUCUGUGUUGGUGAGGUGGCAUCCCGUCAUGACAUCGAUGUAGGCAAGGGUGAUCGAAAUGUUAUAAUUGUUGGCAAGGACAGUUCCCAUGUGAAUAUGCGUCUUUAUGUCAGCCAUGGACUUGUCACCAUUGACAUUUACUACAUGCACGAAACAAAGAAUGGCACCGACAAAGACAUGAGUGAGAAAACUCCAAGCGAGUUAUUGCAUAUUGCGGCAUGCUGUCCAACAGCAGGAGUUGUUGCCUAUGAACGAUUCAUCACUGUGAAUCUCACAAACAAGAUAAAGGAAUAUCUCGGCAAGAAAUGUGUGCGUUUCGAGAGCAUGCAGACUCCCAUUCGUCGGGGCGACACCGUAUGGAGAUACUUCUCAACGUCAGAUGAACGUUUAUGGGAAGCAAACUAUGAUGAACUUGUCUUUGAAAAGGACUCUAAAUGGCAGAAUAUUCGAAUUUAUCACUCUCCUGAGUAUGGCAACACUUUGCAUCUGGACUUGGAUGUCAUGUUUGCUGAAGGUGACACCAUCUACUCGGAAACGCUGUUGGGAGUUGGAAGUGAAAGACGUAUGGACUACACUGACAAGGAGGUCCUGAUUCUCGGCGGAGGGGAUGGUGGCCUCAUCCACCUCCUUAGGCAGGAGAAUUGUAAAAUGGUGACAAUGUGUGAGAUUGAUGAGGAGGUAAUAAAUGCGUGUCGCACUCAUUUGCCUAAGGCGUGCUUCGACAGCAUGGAUGAAUACGAGGGCCCUAACCAUAAGAUUAUAAUUGGCGAUUGCGUAGAAUUGCUUAUUGAUGACGUGGCGACUGGAAAGAAAUAUGAUGUUGUCGUUAAUGACUUGACAGAAUUUCCGGUUGAUAUAAAUGAAAGAGUCUGUGUUUAUGACUUCAAAACUGCAGCGCUGAUCAUGGAGAUGUCGCUGAAACUGCUUAAACCUGGUGGGAGGUACUUGGCAAGGGGCAAUUGCUGGGGUGCCAAAGACUACCAUGAGCGCUUCAUCACAGACGUGGAGAAACUUGGCUGUAAAUGGAUCAGACGUUACCGAAGAGUUCCAUCCUUUGCUGAAGACUAUGCACAUUACGAAGUAUGGAUCCCAGAAAUGGAAGAAAACCAUACAUCAUGAGGGCCACGACGUCUGUCCGCGGGUGAUCAACAGCUGUAUGCACUGGGCUAUUUAUAUUUGGUUGUGGUGUGAAGAUGGAGACUUCGAGGUUAUUUCUGAAAAUGUACUCUCACCCAAAGAAGAAACAUGAUGACUCAAAGUGAGGUUGUGUGGGCUAACAUAUAGGAUGUUAUAAACUUGUAAGGAACUUGUUAAAGGCUGAGGUGAACCUGCACUAUUCAAUGGCUUAAACAGUAACUUUGUAAUAGUUUUGCUAAAGCAGACAAUGCACUAUUUACUCUUUUACCGGCAAUCAUCACUGUAGCAACGAUUUAGUGAUUACCGGUGAGAACAUUGUAGGCCCAGUUUUUUGUGAAUUUUUCAUCGUUUUUCUCAGCGGUUUUAAUUCUGUAAAUAAGAUUUUACUCUAUAGUCUCUAGUCAUUCCGAUAGGAGAGCUUGCUUUAAUUGUUUAAACUUCCUCUGAUAUCACCAAAUAAAGUAAAUCGUCCCAAGUUACUACGGUAGGUCUAAUAUAACUUUACUCUUACCUUGAUCAGUUUGAUGAUGGUAUGCAACACCUAGGAUUUGAAAAACCAUACUAUUUCAAUACAAAACCUGCCUUGCAAGAUCUUUUCUUGCAAAACCACCACAUUACUUCCGAACCUGAUCUUUGAGGACUCUAAGGUCAUAUCAUCCACUGAGGACUGUUUAGUUGUCUCAUUCCAUAGAAUUGGAAAGUAGCAUUUUUGACAAUUUUGUUAGCAAUAUUACAGGUUGCAUUCAUUCUGGCCUACCCUGUAUAAUGUACAAUGGUUUUUAUUAUUUUCUUAAAUCUUGAC